UUACAUCUUUAAAAGUUUCACAGAAUAAUUUCAGAAAAUAGCUGGCAUGGAAGUGUGGAUAGUGUGUGCCUUUGUGCUGCUGCUGAGUCCCUGCUCGAGGGCACAGGACACAGUGGCUGAGGACAUAGGCACCCAUCAGCUGGAGCGCCUGGUGAAGCUGCUGACACUGAAGGAGUGCGAGGACUUGGUGGUUGCACUGUCAAGUCCAGAGGAAGACAUCUUCAAACGACUGGAGCGUCUGGCCCCAGAGAAUAACCAGCUCAGACUGCAGCCUCUGAACAAGAGAGCACUGCUGUCCUCUGCCCAGGAGAUUGAGGACGAGUGCAGGAAAGCUCUGACUGACUGGUUAGUGGAGAAUGGAAAGGAGAUCUACUAUGACAGGCUGACCAGGGCUUUGCAGCACAUUGGGAGAACUGAUGUGGCCGUUGAAGUGGGAAAGAACAUAAACCAGGAUAUGUCCCUGAGCCUGAGGCGUUAUGUCGAGGACUAUCAUAAAAUCGUGAGCUCUUUCAGCGUACCAGAGGAGCCGGCCCAAGCAACGAACAAGAGAGUCAGGAGAAUCAAAGUGAGUGAUCUGAGCGAGAAAGACUUGGAUGUGAUCGUGGAGAGAGCGCCAGUGCCUCCGUACAGUAAGGGCCCUCUGGAUGGAUUGGGGCCCUUGCUCUGGAGCAUCCUGCUGGGGUUCUGUGUGACAGGACUUGUGAUCUUCUGCCCGAUCAUGUACCUUUUGAAUGCUAGGCAGGUUAGUCUAGCCAUGGACGAUGUUUAA